GAAAUCUAACAGCGAAGAUAGAAAGAGAAGGGCCAUCACCUCAACUUCUUCAAAAGAUUCACAAAAGGUGCUAAGAGUGGCAGUGGGUGGUCAAGUGAAACAAUAUUUAAGAAAAAUCUCCCGCUUUUCACGAAACAGUCAGUGUCUAUUGUUGUUUAUUGUUGGUUCGUUUUGGCGGUUCUCUAAAUUUUUGGAAUUUAUCGGUUCAAAAAUAAUUUUUAUAAUCAGGACUUGGAUAAAUCGUUAUUGAAAUGUUGAAUCUGAAAUUAAAUUCAGGACUCAAAGGAAGAAUAGUGCAACUUACUUUCGUGCAUGUGUUAAUUCUUCAUAGUGCUUUAUGUGAAAUUGAAUAUAAUAAUGUGAAUCCAGAUGGAUCUUUUUCCUAUCGACAUUCCAACGAUGACAUUGGAAGUUACUAUCACAGCGUGGCUGGGAAUCCAGACAACAGCAUUCGAGGUCGUUAUGGUUCGAGGAACCCAUCUAAUGGACGGGUAGAAGAAACGGUCUAUACAGCCGGACCACGUGGCUUUCGUGCAAAUGGGCCACAAAUUCACCGAAAAAUGGAUCUGUCACAGGUUCCCAGAGGACCAAUAGGAAACGCUGAUGAUCCACUUGCUGACCCCUACGAUGAUCCAACUUAUAGUUUCAGCUUCAAAACGCCUGAUUAUAACCGGGAUGAAGAUGCUGAUAGCAGCGGUACAAUAAGAGGUCUUUAUUCAUAUUUUGAUGAUAUUGGCGAAAGACACACUGUUCGUUAUGCAGCUGGUGCCGGAACUGGUUUCAAAGUUUUAAAUAGUGUGCCAGAUAGUCAAACUUCUGUUGCAUAUACUGCCCCACUAUACAAACCAAGUAACCCAGCUGCAAGAGGAAGAGUGGCAGUCCAAAGAGGUUCUAAGGGAAUGUACAAAUUCAUUGCUGCUGCUCCUGAUCAUCGAAGAUCAGAAGUAAGUGGUCCAGAUGGUAUUGUUAGAGGAUCAUAUUCCUACCUCGAUGACAAAGGCACUCAAAGAACUGUUGAAUACGAAGCUGGUGCUGGGAUAGGUUACAGAAUAAUAAAAAAUAGUAUUGGUCGAGGAGCUCAUGUAAACACUUUGAUUCCAAACUUGCGUGGAAGUGAUGAUGUUUCUCCAAAGGAAUACUUGCAAACUUCUAGUUCUGGUAGACUUAAACCAAAGGAUGAUGAUAAACCUAAACCCGAUAGUAAUGAUAGAAAUUCUAGUCGCGGAGCUGUGACAUCAAAGAAUCCAAAAACCAGUGGCAAAAAAACAAGUAAAGAUGAAGACUCAUCAGAAGAUGAUGAUUUUUCAAAUAAAAAAUCCAAUCAAAUAAUGCAAGACCAAAAACGCCGCGGAAACAAGUCCAACAAUCGUUUUGAUGAGAAUUUUGAAGAUGACUUAAGUUCAUUGCCACCAGUUAUAACAAGUAAUCGUCGAAUAUUGGAAAUUGGUCGUGAAAAAGAUUGGAGUCAACAUGGUAGAGAUUCAACUAUUAUUAAAAAUGUUGGAAAAUGGUAUAUAGGACUACCUCCAGGACAAAGUGUAAGAGCACAUGUACAGAAUAUUGAUAUUUUGCCAAUAGGAGGACGUACACUAUCGCCAUCAGAAGCACUGCGGAGGGAUGAGCUUUCCGAACUGUCAGAUAUUUAGGUAUUGCAUUUAAGUAUUUAUGAUAUAAGUUUAAAAUUUGUAUAUAAUAUUUUGA